AUACUGCGUAUGAUGCUCAGUUCCCUACCACAAUAAUCAUUUUGGCGCUGUGUCAUACCUAUGUCCUCGCGCUCGAUAUUUGGCGCGAUGUUCUGCAACCUAUGAUAUUCUUCUCAAAUCCGGCGAUAAGGAUCAAGAUAAUGAUUUCAAGACUCGACUAUAUUAAUAGGAACGACUAGUGAGUGAUAAGCAGCAUAUCUACCCGCCUUUCUCCAGUCUUGCCACUUUCGACAGCUGUCACCCAUCUGGUCGUCAUACACCAUGUCAACCAACUUGGGGAUAAACCACAAUUCCAACCAAUACCUAGACGACGAGAAAGAUCUUGUUCUCGAGAAGAAGGAGUCUGAUCUUCACGGUACCCACAUCGCUGAGGUCCACUACUACACUACUAAAAAUGGUGUUCGCAUCACCGUUGGAGACACUCCUAAGGAGGUGAAAGCUGUCGCCGUCGAGGUCGAUGAUGUCAACGAGCCUUGUGAGACCUUCCGGGCCUAUGUCAUUGGCACUAUCUUAGCUGCCGUUGGUACUGGUCUCAACGUCUGGUUUGGCGCUCGCCAACCGGGUAUUUACAUCUCUCCCUUUAUCAUUCAGCUCAUCUCCCACCCUCUGGGUCUUAUCCUUUCCAAAAUCCUGCCAACAAGACGAUUCACAUUGUUUGGUCAAGAAUGGUCCCUCAAUCCCGGUCCUUGGACAAUUAAAGAGCACGCUAUUAUUACCAUGAUGUCCACUGUCUCUCUUCCCACCGCCACCGCUCUUGACGUCGUUGUUGCCGUCCGUCAGCCCACAUUCUUCAAUGACAGUGAGAUGGGGAAUUCGCAGGGCUUUCGCUGGUUGGUCGUGCUUUCGACACAGUUCCUGGGUCUUUCUCUUGCUGGACUCGCCAGGGAGUACCUUGUGUACCCUUCAGAUAUGACUUUCCCCUUGAACCUCGCCAAGCUGUCUCUCUUCAACGCUCUCCAUCGACGAAAGGUGGACGAAAAUGGCAUGGUCCAGGUCGCUGAGCAUCACCUUCACGAAGAUGAGAAUGAAAAGGAUCCCCCAGUCCAUGGGUGGAAAAUUUCCAUGUUCAAGUUCUGCCUUAUCGCUACCGCUGGUUCAUUCAUCUGGUUCUUCUUCACUGCUUUCAUUUUCCCUGCCUUGACCUACUUCAACUGGCCUACCUGGAUUGCGCCAGAUAACAAGAAGCUGGCUAUUGUCAUGGGCUCUAUCACUGGCCUUGGUUUGAACCCGAUUCCCACUUUCGAUUGGACUUAUAUCUCCGGUGCGGGUCUUACCCCCCUGAUUACUCCGUGGUGGGCCACACUGCAAACUUUCAUUGGAUGUACGAUUGGUUUCUUUGCUAUCUUGGGCAUUUACUGGUCGAACGUCUGGUAUUCGGCGUACUUAGUUCCCAAUUCCAACCAAGCUUUCGACCGCUUCGGUGCCAUUUACAACAUCACUGGCGUUCUCUCUGCCGAUAAAACUCUCGAUGUGGAGGCCUAUCGGCAAUAUUCGCCUAUGUAUUUCGGUGCUGGUUACAAUAUUGUCAUUGCUGGAUUCUUCGCCAGUUAUUCGGCUAUUCUUGUAUAUGCUGCUCUCGAGCAUGGUUCUCAAAUCAAAAACGGAUUGGCUACUGCAUACGGGAAAACCGUCUCUUUCGUCAGGAGGUCUUCUGCUCCUGAAGAAAGUCACAACCGCCCCGAGUACGACAUCCAUUACGCCAUCAUGCACAAAUACAAGGAAGUUCCUCAAUGGGCCUUUAUUCUUGUUCUUGUUUUCAGUCUUGUCACUGGCAUUAUUAUGGUCGAAGUGUACAAGACAACCAUGCCUGUAUGGGGUAUCUUUGUUUGCUUGGCCCUUGCCUUCAUCUUUUUGAUUCCUGCCGGUAUCAUUCAAGCUUUGAGCAACAUGCAGAUUACCCUUGUUAUUCUCGCCGAAAUCAUCCCUGGUGUCGCCAUCCCUGGAAGACCAUAUGCCAACAUGAUCUUCAAACUUUACGGAUGGGUUGCUCUCGUCAUGGCCUUACUCUAUGUUCAAGACCAGAAGCUGGCUCAUUAUCUUCAUAUUGCUCCUCGGGCGACCUUCCGAGUUCAGAUGUGGGGUGUCCUUGUCAGCAGCAUUGUCUCCGUUGGUGUCUUGACUUGGCAAUUCAAUGCUAUCCCAGAUAUGUGUGAAAUUGGCCAGAAAGACUUGAUGACCUGCCCUUACUACACCACUUUUUACUCCUCUGCUCUUAUGUUUGGUGUCGUUGGACCUGAGAGGAUGUAUGGUGCGAACGGUCUCUACAAGUGGACCAUGUUUGCGUUCUUAGCAGGCGCUAUUGCUACUUUCGCUGCUUGGCUUGUUAAGCGAAAGUGGCCUAACAAGUACACAAAGUCUGUCAAUAUCCCCGUCGUUAUCACUGGAUUGCUGUACUAUGCCCCUUACAAUUGGUCUUUCGUGUGGUCUGGAGUCCCUCUUGCGUGGUUCUUCAUGUCUUACGUCUACAACAGAUAUUCAAGCUGGUGGUCAAAGUAUUGUUAUGUCCUUUCGAUUGGCCUUACAGUUGGUGCGGCGCUCAGUGGCGUUGUUCAGUUCUUCUGUAUCACGUAUCCUGGAGGUGCCAUGCCUAGCUGGUGGGGAAACACUGCCUAUGCGAGUGGCUGCGAUGGUCUCGGUUGCCCUCUUCUUGAGAUGCCUGAGCAAGGGUACUUUGGUCCUGGGCCCGGCGAGUUCUCAUAAGGCCUUUCAAUUGCCACAGUUUUCCAUUUAAUAAUGUCGAUUUGUCUAUUAUCUGUUUGAUUUAGAGGGUGUUUGAGUGUCUUAAGCUGUGAUUGCCGGCGAGCAGGUUUUUUUUUUUCAUAGUUGUUCUUUGGUGUUAUGAUCGAUGAGUUGUAAAAUGGUGCAAUGUUACGGUGGUUCAAUGCAAUUUUAAUCAGUAGUAAUACUCCACGCAAUGCUGUUGCAGAGU